GAACACACCUCCAAAAAUGAAGUUGGAACCAGUAUACUUAGACGAGCUAACUACUCAAAGUAAGGACUACAAGGUGAAAGUCAUAGUCGCUGAAAAGGGAAGAGCUCAACCUUCCCCUAAAAAACCUGAAAAACAAAAUGCGAUGUGCUUUAUUUGGAGAUCAAAUCGAAGCAUAUGAAGAGGUUCUCAAGCCAUCUAGUCAAUACGAAAUUUCUAAGGCUCCUAUAACAGCUGUAGAUGAUCAAUAUAAAUUCAACUUGGAAGAACUUCCAUACCAGAUGACCCACCAGACUAUUAUUCAGCGUUUAAAUCCUGAGAGCGGUCCAAUCAAACCGAAGUAUUAGCCUCUGUCAACUAUUCCAAGAUCACCUGAUCCAAAUGGAAGAUAUGAUAUAGUUGGUGUAGUUCUCUUUGUUGAAGAAGUGCCAAGGAUGAUACCUAAUGCAAGAGGUUGAGACAGUCCAGUUCGAGAAGUAUCUAUCACUGACACUAGCCAAGAACAUGCUAUGACAAUCUCUACAUGGAACGAUCUUACUAGGAAACCUUGUGAUGCUAUGAACAACUGGGCUGAAAAAUUCAAUGUUGUUGGAUUUACUGCACUUAAAACCCGUCACACAAGAGGAUUCACUUUGAAUACAACAAUGUCAACUAGAAUAAUCAUGAAUCUUAAGGGAGCAAGGGCAGAUAUGCUUCGAGAAUGGUGUAAAUUAUAUCAGCAUGUAUUGCUAGACAGACAGGAGAGAAUUCUGAACGUGAGAUAUCCAAGCACAGAUAAGAAAGUCGUGACAAUAGCUGAACUAAGGAGAAAAAAGGCAACUAAUGCAACUCCAGAUGAAAUUGCUUGGAUCAAGGUUAUAAUACCAAAAGCUGAUCUACAAAGAGUGAAUGCCUAUAUAAGUUGCCUUGGUUGUGGAAAACGGACACAUCUGGCACUUGGGACUCGCUUUCCCUGCAUUUCUUGCAAGAAAGGAGACACUGUAGCUGUACACAAAGUUACAUUCAAGUUUGAAGCUGUUGAUGACACCGGCACAAUGUCAUUUACAACUUUCAGCGAUGAUACGGAAAAGCAUUUCCGAAGGACAGCAACAUAAAUCUGGAAUAUCAAAGCCACUGGGAAUUUCGAAGCUUUUAAGGUUGUCCAAGCAAUACUAGCAACAAAGCCUUUCUUCAUUCAGGUAACUCCCACUUUGGAGUUAGCUAGGAAUAGCGUUCUCUUAUGGACUCUAUAGACUGUUGAGGUAGAAGAUGCAGAACCACAAGGCCAGGUUCUAGGCUCAUCGUCUUCGCAGCUUAACAAAGAAUAGCCUGCUUUCGAAACGGAUAAGAAAUACACAACAAAUCGACCACUGAUGCAAGAGAGUCCAGCUUCUGCCUGCACUAAGGCUCAUGGCAAAGGACUCACUAUUUCUGACCCAGAGCUAACUGUUGAUUACAGUCAGGACAACACAGAGGCAAGUGAUGAGGUCCUUGCUGAAAUUGCUCAGUUUCAUGAAUUCAAGUAGCUUCUGAAGCAUUCAAUGUAGAUUCUUUCGAUAUUCCAGUACAUCAAUCAAGAAAAGGGAUUACCAUUUCAGAAUCAGCAGCACCAAUUGCUGAACUCCCUACAUGGAACAAGCUCGCUCGCACACGCAACAAUGUCAAGAACAAACGGCCAAUGGCUGUUGGUGAAAUUAUGGAAUCAGAUGAUGAAGAUCAGGGUCCGAGGAAGAAACUCAAAACAUCCCUAUUCAAAGACAUUUCAGAGAAAGACAGUCCAGAAGACAAAGAAACAGCUUGAAGCCUCCUUGAUAGACCAUAAACAAAGGCAGCAUAAAAAAUCUUAGAGUACACUAGCUUUUGCUAUUAAAGUGGUGGUAGUAAACUAUUAUUACGUAUGCCUUGCGUAAUCUGAAGUAUCUUUUGAAUGUUUAGAAGGAACAUUUUGGGCAUCUUAUGUUCCCUAUAAACAUCAAGUAUUGUAUAUAGUGCUAGAAAUAUGCAGCAGUGUCUGCUCUAGAAUAAUAUCUAGGGGAAAGUACUGUAGUAGAACUGGAAACUUUUGGCAUGCACAUAGAAGUGGUAAUCUACCUAUGAUGUAACAUCUUGUAUCCUUAAAUUAGGAUAC